UACUGUGUUUGUAACCUUGGUAACGGACAACUUCCUGUGGUGGGGUUCAAGCUGAAGAUGGCGGAGGAGAAUUCCCAAACGGAACUUCAGCUUCCUGUGGCCACUGAAGUUAAGAAGCCUAUCUCCAAAAAAGCACUGGAGCUGGCCAUUUUUGAAAGAAGGAACUGGCUGAUCCAUCUCCACUACAUCCGAAAAGACUAUGAAACCUGCAAGGCUGUUAUCAAAGAACAGCUACAGGAGUCCCAGGGAAUGUGUGAAUAUGCUGUUUAUGUCCAAGCUUUAAUAUUCCGUCUUGAAGGGAAGAUUCAAGAAUCCCUGGAGCUUUUUCAGACCUGUGCGAUUCUCAAUCCCCACAGUCCAGACAAUCUAAAACAAGUGGCCAGGUCACUGUUUCUGCUUGGUAAACACAAAGCUGCCAUUGAAGUUUACAACGAGGCCAUUAAGCUCAAUGAGAAUGACUGGGAGGUUUUCUAUAAUCUUGGUGUGUGCUAUAUGUACCUGAAGGAUUUUAAACAUGCAAAAGAGAAGAUGAAUUGUUCGCUGCAGCUGAAUAAACAUGACAUAACGUUCGUGAUGCUUGGGAAGAUCUGUCUACUGGAAGGGGACACAGCAAGUGCAAUUGAAGUGUACAAAAAGGCUGUGGAGUUUUCUCCUGAGAACACUGACCUUCUGACGACCCUUGGGUUACUCUACCUGCAGCUUGGAGCUUAUCAGAAGGCAUUUGAACACCUUGGGAAUGCUCUCACCUAUGAUCCCAACAACUACAAGGCUAUAUUGGCUGCAGGCAGCAUGAUGCAGACCCAUGGAGAUUUCGAUGUGGCCAUGAACAAGUACCGUGUUGCUGCCUCCGCCAUCCCGGAGAGCCCCCCAUUAUGGAACAACAUAGGAAUGUGUUUCUUUGGGAAGAAGAAAUAUGUAGCAGCAAUCAGCUGUUUGAAGCGAGCGAAUUACCUGUCUCCUUUCGACUGGAAGGUCUUGUAUAACCUGGGGUUGGUCCAUCUCACCAUGCAGCAGUAUGCUUCCUCCUUCCAUUUCCUGAGCGCAGCCAUCAACCUGAAUCCCAAGAUGGGAGAGCUCUUCAUGCUGCUGGCUGUGGCCCUGACCAACCUGGAGGAUCUUGAAAAUGCCAAAAGAUCAUACAAGCAAGCAGCUGCUCUGGACCAGUCCAAUCCGCUGAUCAGUAUGAACUAUGCCAUCUUCCAGUAUAACCAGGGCUUAAAGAAGGAAGCGCUGCAGCAGUUUCAGGAUAUGGAGAAGAGGGUGAACAAACUUAUUGAGAGCAACAGCAAUACUGAGUUUGAUCCUGAGUUGGUUGAUAUGGCUCUGAAGAUGGGAGCAGCCCUCCAGGUCGGGGAGAAUCUCGUUUGGACCAAGCCAACCAAGGACUCCAAAUCUAAGCAGCAAUCUGCCACCUCCAUCAAAUCCACCAGCUCUCAGCAGCCUUUGGGCACUAACAAGGCGUUAGGGCAGGCUAUGUCAUCCGCUGUUGGUUACAGCAAAAACAUGCAGCUGUCUGGAGGUGGUGCAGUCCCGAGCCAGCAGAAGCCCCCCUCUCUGCCCCUGGAACCAGAACCCAGUGCCGAGGUUGCCCCGGAGGAACCCACCUCCCCCACUGAAACCAAGGACAAGAAGAAAGAGAAGAGGAAAUCCAAGCCGCUGGCAGAGUAGAAAGCCACAUAUCCACAUCAAGGAACGUCCUAGUCUGCUGCACAGGAGUGGCUAGCAACAAGCCUUUUUUUUUUUUUUUUUUUUUUUGAAAAAAAGGAUCCUUGGUGUGAUUUGUUUUGCACUGAUGCAGUUAAUUAUUUAAUGUGCACAAUUCUGUACUGCGUCCAAUACUCACCUGCAAAUGUGGAAAGCAAGGCAGCCAUGUCAAAGUUAUAUAAAAAAAAAAGGAAAGUUAAAAACAUUAGACCCUUUUGCGCAGCCGAAUGGAGGAAUAAAUCUGUACAUUAAUGCUGGCUGCCAGAGUGGAUCUGUCAGGCAGAAAGAUUUACACAAUAAUUGUUGCUAGGUAUAUAGUACAGUAUUUUAUCAAUGGUUGUUUACAGGGUAUGGGUUUUUACCAGUCAGCUUUCUUAUUUAUUUUAACUUGUUGGUACACAAAAAUGAUUCUAACCAUUUAAAUGUGUAGCGAUUUUAAAACUAUUUCUUUCAUGGGACCAGUUUUUUUUUUUUUUUUAAUGCAAAAAAUUAAUCUAUUUUGUUUUAUAUAGUGUUCAAUUGUUCUACGUUUUCUGUCUAUAGAGGCAGUUAUUUUUAUUUGUAUGCUUACAAAUGUAUACAGGUGCAAAUGCCUGCCUUUAGUGUUUUAAAUACUAAAUGUCAAAUAAAUUAGAUAUAUUCAGUCAAUCGGUUCUAUUACACUAACCUGCUGUAUUUUAACACAUUAAAUAGUAACCUGGACAUUCUAGGAGGAAACAAUCAUUUUAAAAAAAUAAUCUGCUUCACAAAGUUGUAGUCCCAGUGAUUUUUAAAUGUGUGCAUUGAGGGGAUUCUUAAUGGACAGUGGUACAUUGCAGGUAUCUCUAGAUAUCUAUAGGUAUUUUUGUAAUUUUAGAUUUCAUUCCAGUUUUUAGUUUUUACCUAUUUCAUGGUUUAUCUGAAGAACAUUAAAUGCUUCAGGCGGUAAACUGCAUAUUUAUUUCAAGAGACUACUUACAUCUAUAUGCACCCUAUUCAUGGCAUUGUGUUGUAGCAAGAAAAAGCUUGAAGUUAUUUUCUUGUGAUAACUUUGUCUUUAUUAUUUUGUCAUGGCAGUGAAGCAUUGGGAAGUGGGAGGAUUCCUGGCAGAUGCAUCAUCUUUUCGGAUCUUGAGACUUAGAAAAAGCAUACACUGUUAACAAAAGCUUUAAGUUUAAAAGAAGAACUUUAUUGGACUCAAAUCUUAAAAUAAACAAAAAAACCCAGCAAACUUAAAUGCUCCCAUUAUGCAAGUAGAGGUUUAAGAUAUUCAACUAGUAUUAGCACCUUGAGACAGGACCAGCUACUCUUAACAGAAUAUCCUCCAGUUGUUUCAGGAUUAUAAAGAGAGGAUUACAUAGUCAUACUUUAGGAGACCAGCUUUAAGACAUUUUUAUAAAACCCCUUAAAGAAUUUAAAAUGGAAUAUUGGAUUUUUUGAAAAAAAGUGUUAUGCUUUGUACCAUUUUUAUUGCUGUUAUGCAAGACCAAAUUGCAUUUUAAAUUGAUUAUGUAUAUACUUUUCCACAAUGUUAUAUUGCACUCGUGUUGAAUAUUGCAAUACAAACAUUUUUCAUGGUGUUUCUUAAAUCCAGUAAGCCAGUCACAAACUGGAGACACUAAAUUUACCUAAAAGCAGUAGAUUGGCAAGUCAGGUAAUUAACCCAGUAAGUGAAUGUAGAAGCAUUACGGUUUAAAAAGCAAAAGGCUGGGACCCAGUACCAGACUGAGAUUGUCAGUUAACUCAAAUAAACUAGUUCCCAAGUUUUCCCUGUACCACUCAUCCAGGAUAUUUGCAAAGCCUGCAUCAAUCACAUCUAAAAUCCACUGUGCAUUUUAUUAUCUAUUUAAUUCUACUGUAACCAAACCAACUAAUAAAUUCAGAGAUGGUAAGGAAAUCAUUGUAACAUAUCAGAAGUUAUUUGAUAUGUCUGGCUAAUUCAACAAAUAACUCAGAUAUUUAAUCCAGACAAAGAGAAUUCAGUACUUGCCAAUAUUCAGUCACAGAGGCAUAUUCAGCAUUGCAUAGACAACCUUUAAGGCCCUGUCCACACUACAUAACCGAGAACCAUACUCGAAACUGUUCCAAUUAAUCCAGCUCAAAGUGUCCACACUGAAGUAUCGUUUCAUGUUUAGCCAGGUUUAAUGCAUCAAUACAGAAUUAGAAUAGUUCAUUUACAGUUCCUACCAGUGGAAAUUAACAUGAUAUAGUUUCCCACCAUGUACUAUUUUAUUUUAAAUGCUCCAUAUUAAUAGAGGUCCAUAUUGCUAAAAAGAAAUAAAACAAGUAUUUUGUAAAAAGUAAAUGUGAACACACACAAGUUGGGCUUGAAGUUUUCAGGUUUUAUUUUUACUCAGUUAAACAAAUGGAGCCGAUUCUGUUUCAUAAUUAAAAACUCAGAAAAAAAGCUGUUCAUUACAAAACAAUCUAUGUUUUUACCGUCAUAUCUUGCCUGAGCCUAAUUCUGGUCCCUUUAAUUUAUUUCAAACAGAGCUGAUAAAUUACGUGAACUGUUCAUCCCCGAUCCUACUUUUAACUCGCAUUGCAUUUUUGCAGUCCCUAAGUUAACGUUGUGCUUUUGUUAUUUUCCCCACUAGUUUAACAGUGAUGUCCUAACAGAUUUUUUAUUUCAAGCAUAAAAAUGAAUAUCUAGUGUGGAGUGUACUCUGACAGCAAGUCCUUCUGGUGCCUGUUCUGCAGAUUUUACCAAACAUAUCACAAAGCAUUAUGGGAUAUUGGAGGAUACACAAAAAAUGCAGUUUGGUAUUACAGCGUCCGCACUUCUGACAAACCGCACUACCUGAUGCGAUCUAAUUUCAAACCACACUCGAGACUACCCCCCGAGGUGGUCUUGAGUCCGGUUCUCGAGUACGGUAUUAAACGCUGCAUAGUGUGGACGCCAACCAUAUUUAGCACUUUUAACCAGGUUUAAAAGGCAA